AAAGAAUCAGAGAAUCUCGACCCUUGACAAGAGGACCAAGCGCCUUUAUUCCAGAGAAGGAGGUCGUGCACGCCAACACUGUGGAUGAGCAAACACACUUGCUCGUGGAGGAGUACUCCACGUCAGGCCGUCUGGACAACGUCACACAGGUCAUGAGUCUGCAUGCGCAGUACCUGGAGUCCUUCUUGAGGAGCCAGUUUCUCAUGCUUCGGAUGGAUGGCACCCUGCCCCUCCCACACAGGCACUACAUUGCAAUCAUGGCUGCAGCUAGACAUCAGUGUUCUUACUUAAUAAACAUGCAUGUGGAUGAAUUUUUAAAGACUGGAGGUAUUGCUGAAUGGUUGAAUGGUUUGGAAUAUGUGCCACAAAGGCUGAAAAAUCUUAAUGAAAUAAACAAGCUGCUAGCACACCGCCCCUGGCUGAUCACAAAAGAGCACAUCCAGAAGCUUGUCAGAACUGGAGAAAACAGUUGGUCUCUGCCUGAGCUCGUGCAUGCUGUGGUCCUCCUGACCCAUGGCCAUGCACUGACAAGCUUUGUUUUUAGCAGUGGCAUCAACCCCGAGGGAGACCCGGGCGUCUCCAACCAGCUCAGGCUAGCCUCCGAGAACAGUUUCUGUGCCUGUGAUCUGGCUAAUGACAACAACAUGGAAAAUGCAUCUCUUACCCGCAGCAAUUUUGGGAUUGUCGAUUCUCUAAGUGAGCUAGAAGCCUUAAUGGAAAGGAUGGAAAGUCUGCAAGAAGAGAGGAGAGAUGAGGAGGCUUCUCAGGAAGAAAUGACCACUCGUUUUGAGAAGAAGAAAGGAAGUCUUUUUGUGGUGUCUGGAGCUGCAUCUAAUCCUGAAGACCGGCCGCCAUUCUUUCCCUUCGAUUGUGGAGAGGACAUGACAGUCACAGCUGAUGUUUCUCUGUAGGUGGAAGACCCUGGCUUUGGGUACGAAGAUUUUGCCAGGCGAGGAAAGAAGUAUUUGCCAACAUUCCGGGCGCAGGACUACACCUGGGAGAACCACGGGUUCUCCCUGGUGAACAGGCUCUACUCCGACAUCGGGCAGCUGCUGGACGAGAAGUUCCGCACGGUCUACAGCCUCACCUGCAGCACCCUGGCCUCCUGCGGGGCCGUCAACACCACCAUGCUCAGCAGGGCCUUGUUCAACUACAUGCACUGCAUGUUUGGAAUCAGGUAUGAUGACUAUGAUUAUGGAGAAGUUAACCAGUUACUGGAACGAAGCCUUAAGGUUUACAUUAAGACAGUAGCCUGCUAUCCUGAGAGAACUACAAAGCGCAUGUAUGAUAGCUACUGGCCGCAAUUCAAGCACUCAGAGAAGGUUCACGUAAACCUGCUUUUGAUGGAAGCGCAGAUGCAAGCAGAGCUCCUCUAUGCUCUCCGUGCCAUCACUUGGCACCUGACCUGAAGCUCAGCUCGGAAGGUUGUCUGUGUGCAAAGACUUAAAGGACACCCGAAGUUGUUUGUGAUACUGCAUAGAAAGUUAUUUAGUUCUUAGUGUCAAAAUUAGCUGUGUUUUGCUUGUUACUGUUUUGUUUUGUUAUGGCUGUAAUGUGCAAUGAUGCUCAACUUUACUUAUAAUUGCAAAAAUAAUGAGGAGCACUAUUCUCCAUUGCUUUUAGUUGGAUUUGGAAUCUGAUCAUCAGUCGCGAACUUGGUUUGAUCAUGUUUAAUGUCAGUGCUUUGGGAUUUGUGUGUAUGUAUUUUAAAAACUUUUUUAAAAAGGAAAAGCGCUUACAAUCUACACAAGCAAUUGUUUUCAGACAUUGGAAUUCAGCAGAGAAAGACCUUCUCUGGCCAUUCUAAGAUUUUUACGUUGUGUCCUAAAUCUAGUGGAGAAAAGUGUGCGCUGUCAAACCAAGCUGCUCCCUCUCAGGUGCUGUUUGGUUUUAUUCUUUUCUUUGUUUUUGUUUUUGUUACAUGUCUGUUUGGGACCUGGGGGUUUCUUUCUUUUCUUUUUUUAGUGCUAUGGUGAUAAUACGAAAUAUGAUACAGCCAUUGUCCAUAGUUUAAUGUGAUAAUUUAAUCAUGAUGAAUUCUGUAGCAUGGUACUGAAAUGCCAAAUUCAGAUAGCAUUCCAUAUCAGAUGUGUAAAUGAAGGUGGAAUUGUGCGCAGUCCUCUGUCAUUGACAGUAGUGGGACUUGUACCCACAAGACUGACCAAAAUUUUCUUUGCACAUUUUUCCUCAUGGUUUUUUCUAUAUUGUAGUAAGCUAAGGAAGGUUAAUAGACCUCUGUUUUCCCCCCAUUAGGUUUUUGGAAGUUAUUUUCCAUGAUUUUCGUAUAAUUGAAUAGUUUAUUCAAAAUUAAAAAUAUUGUGUUUCUACACAUUAAUGUG